AUGGCUUCCCGGAGAAGCCUGGGUGGUGGACGAGUACUGGGCAGUGGGAAGGGACUGGUGCCGCCUCCGCCGGCCACAAAGCAGCAACACGGCCACCACCUGCCCACCACCACCACCAACAAUCUCGGUCUACUCUCACCAUCAGAGAGCUCAGUGUCACUGAGCUCACAAACCUCUGGUACACCUGUAUCGCUCGACAAUGAAGACCUCGCAUCUCGUGUGGCCCUGGACGACCAUGCCUCUGCUCAGGCAGCCGCAGCUGCGAGCUCGAGGAUGGUGUGUCCCAUAUGCAAUGAGGAGAUGAUGACUCUGCUGCAGCUGAAUAGACACAUCGAUGACAAUCAUGCCAACUUGGAAGAAGCGGAGCAGGACGAGGCAAAGACGUGGUUUAAGCAGCAGGUGGUCAAGGCAAAGAAGUUCCAGCCACUUCAAAUGCUCAACCAGAAGCUACGAGGUCUAGAAGUCUUCGAGUCCAACAACGAUGCACCGCCAUCUACUGUCUCGACAAUGACACCGCCACAGACCAGCCGAGUCGCUUCGCCCGCUCCCGCCAGAUCACCCGAAGUAGCUCCCGACCCGGACGACAUCAUCACCAGGUCUCAUUGGCAACGACCAUCUAUCGGAGACUCUUGUUCCGAUCCAAUGUGUGGCAGACGUCUCGGAGGCAAUGUUGGCCAGAUCAACUGUAGGCAUUGCGGCAAGCUGUUCUGUGACGAGCAUACGAUGUAUCAGAUGAGGCUUUCGCGCUCUGCCCAGCACGAGCCGGUGCGUGGUCUCUGGUAUAGAGUUUGCGAGACAUGCUACAAGUGCCGCGCUGGCUACAAUGACCACUCUGGACUCGAGCGCAGUCAUAUGGACUUCUUCAAGAAUGUCAGGAGGCGGACUGUCGACAAGCAGAACCUAGAGACCAGUCGUCUCGAAACGCGAUUGACACGACUUACUCAAUUAUUAGCUGAUCCUCCACCGCCCGAGCCAGGUCAAAGCUCACUUUGGUCAACCUUCUCAAGCAGCAAGAACCAACUCAGAACUCUUGAACAAUCAAUCGUGCUAUGGCAGGAUAACGCUGAGGUCAACGAAUGCCCGUUCUGCCAACAGCCUUUCCAGUACAGCCUCCGUCGACACCACUGCAGAACAUGCGGCCGCGUAGUAUGUGGCGAUCCCGCAACCAUGUGCUCAAACGAGAUCGGUCUUGAUGUGGAUACUAAGAAGGACGUUGGCAAGGUUGCUGUCGAUGUCCGACUAUGCAAAGAUUGCCAGCGAACGAUCUUCAGCAAGGCGGACUUUGCUCGCGAGCUUGCCGCCCCUACACCCGACCAACGAUCCUACCAGAAUCUGCUACAAUUCGAACACGGCAUUCGGUUAUUGCUGCCACGCUUUCAACGAUUACUGGUAACAUUACAGGACCCAGACAAGCCGCCAACACCUGCUCAGCUCGCCGACGCAAGCAAAGUACGCAAACGACUGACUGAAGCCUUCACCCAGUACGACGCAGCUGCAAGGCGAGUCCGCGACCUCAAGACCGAGAGUGCAAUUCAGCAAAAGCUACAGACUGCCAUCUACCAGCAGUCCAUGAGCUUCCUACACAUUCAUAUGCUGCCACUAAAGUCACUACCAAAGAUCAUGCGGCACGCCACUUCCAGCAGUGGUAAGGCAGGGCCAACCAGCAACGGUAAACCCCAGACCGCACUCGCAGCCAUAAAAUACAAUGAAGUCGCAAACGGCGACGCUCGACCAAGCAGCAGCCGCACCAGCAGCGUCAGCACAGCUCAACUCACUGCUCUGGAAGCCGAGGAAAAGGAGCUUAGGGAGCGCCUGAUCGUACUCGAAGAGCAGAAAUUCCUGUUGACGGAGAUGAUAGCUGAUGCGAACAAGCGGAGGAAGUUUGAUGAAGUCUCUGCACUCGCGCAGAGUGUGGAGGACUUGUCGAGGGAGAUCGAUCAGGUACAGGGACAGUUGGCGCAGAUGGAUUUCGCGGGUGCUUAUGCGGGGGAUGGGGUGAUAAAGUGA